CUCUGGGCGUCUUCUUGGGGGGGUUCCGCUCGACACCAAGGCUGCCACGAUGGUGUCCCGGUUGAUCUGUCGUCUGGUGGUGCUGGCAUUUGGGAUGCUCUAUCCUGCCUAUGCUUCCUAUAAGGCUGUGAAGACCAAGAACAUUCGUGAAUAUGUCCGGUGGAUGAUGUACUGGAUUGUCUUUGCACUCUUCAUGUCGGUGGAGACCUUCACAGACAUCUUCAUCUCCUGGUUCCCUUUCUACUAUGAAAUCAAGAUGGCCUUUGUGCUGUGGCUGCUCUCACCUUAUACCAAGGGAGCCAGCCUGCUUUACCGCAAGUUUGUCCACCCAGCCCUGUCCCGCCAUGAGAAGGAGAUUGAUACUUAUAUAGUGCAGGCCAAGGAACGCAGUUACGAGACGAUGCUCAGUUUUGGAAAGCGGAGCCUGAACAUUGCUGCCUCAGCUGCUGUGCAAGCCGCCACCAAGAGUCAGGGCGCACUGGCUGGCAGGCUGCGGAGCUUCUCCAUGCAGGACCUGCGUUCUAUCCCCGACACUUCUGCCUCCACUUACCAAGAUCCCCUCUACCUGGAAGACCAAGUGCCCCAUCGGAGACCACCCAUCGGGUACCGGGCAGGGGGCCUGCAAGACAGUGAUACAGAGGAUGAGUGUUGGUCAGAUACUGAAGCCAUCCCCAAGCCACCAGCCCGACCCCGCGAGAAGCCCCUAAGCCGUAGCCAGAGCCUGCGUGUGGUCAAGAGGAAGCCACUGGCACGAGAGGGAACCUCACGCUCCCUGAAGGUUCGGACAAGGAAGAAGACUAUACUUUUGGACAUGGACAGCUAG